AUGGCUCAUUUGCUUGGUGUAGUGAUUGUGGAAUCACAUGAAAGGUAUCUUGGCUUGCCUACAUACAUGGGACGUAAGAAAACUGCUACAUUUGAAUAUAUCAAGGAGAGACUUGGGAAGAAGCUGAAACUUUGGCAAGGAAAAUUGCUCAGCGGUGCUGGGAAGGAUAUUUUACUUCGAGUUGUCACUCAGGCUCUUCCUAAUUAUGAUAUGAGUGUGUUCCAACUUACAAAAAAAAUUUGUGAGGACCUUGAGCAAAUGUGUGCAAGGUUUUGGUGGGGAAGUUCCUUCGAUAAACGCAAAAUCCAUUUGAAGAAGUGGGAUGAUUUGUGUCAUGCUAAAGAAGUAGGUGGACUGGGGUUCAGAACCUUAUUUGAAUUUAAUAUGUCUAUGCUUGCCAAGCAAGCUUGGAGGGUGAUUUCAAACCCUGAGUCUUUGGUGGCACAGUUGUAUAAAGCACGUUAUUAUCCAUAUGGCAAUUUUUGGAAUGUUAAUGCGCAUGCUACACCUUCUUACUCUUGGCGUAGUAUAUUUGCUAUAAGGGAGUUUAUUCAAACUGGUGCUUUUUGGCAGGUAGGGACUAGACAUAAUGUUUCUGUAUGGAACUAUGCUUGGAUACCCAAGCUACCUUCUCAUAAACCUCAGGUUGCUUUAGUGAGUCAACCAGAUGUACAGACGGUGAAUGAACUGAUUAUACCUCCCAAUAAUUUGGAUGAGCACAAGGUACGCUCCAUCUUUGUUCCGGAUGCUGCAGCUAUCUUUCUAUUCCCUUGA